AUGGGCUCCGCCACCAUCGCCGCGAGCUUCCUCCUCUUCCUGGCGUUUCAGCUCCCGGGGCAAACCGGAGCGAACCCCGUGUAUGGCUCUGUGUCCAACGCAGACCUCAUGGAUUUCAAGAACUUGCUGGACCACUUGGAGGACAAGAUGCCUUUAGAAGAUGAGGCUGUGCCCCAACAAGUACUAAGUGAGGGGGUCCCUCUCAGCCCCCUUUCUGAGGUGCCUCCCUGGACCGGAGAGGUCAACCCAGCCCAGAGAGAUGGGGGUGCCCUUGGGCGGGGCCCCUGGGAACCCUCCGAUAGGUCUGCCCUCCUGAAGAGCAAGCUGAGGGCACUGCUCGCUGCCCCUCGGAGCCUGCGGAGGUCCAGCUGCUUCGGGGGCAGGAUGGACAGGAUUGGAGCCCAGAGCGGACUGGGCUGCAACAGCUUCCGGUUCACGUCCCUCGAGGACCCGUCAGAUCCCGAAGGAUCGGAAUUUCCCGGGAUUGACUUUACUAGCUUCUAA